AUGGAACAGUACUACCGUCUCUUCACCUCCUAUCGUUAUCCGGGCAUCAAACAGGACGAUACAGUCACAAAAGACAUGUCCGAAUUGGCGGAGUCUGCCCACGCAAUCGUUGCUUGCAAUGAUCAGUUUUACAAACUGGAGCUUCUCCAGGACGGCAGACGCCUGGAGGAUGAAGAGAUCUACAACCAGUUGCGGCGGAUCACACACGACGCGGCUACCAAUAGGGAGACUGUGCUUCGUGUUGGAUCACUGACAGCCUUGCCGCGGCCUCGCUGGGCCAAGGUUCGUGAACACAUGGCCACAGGUACGACUCUGCUCCUUGUGUGA